CGUGCGGAUGCGGGAGAGAAAUAAAUGAGGAGUCAUAGGGAAGACGCAUUUCCAGCCAAGGGAAGGAGCAGGCCUCUCCGAAGGCAGCUGACGUUGGGGAUUACUGGAGCAGAGAGCAGGGGGAGCCCUGAGGGUCUGGCUUCCACCCCAGGCCAGCACUAACACCUGGGCACAGCUGUUUCCCGGAGCCCUUUCUGCUGCUGCAUAUCAGCUUGUUUUGCAGCAAUGGAAUCAAAUGGCAGUUUCCUCGCUUGCAACAGCCUGAAAGAUGACAAGGAUCUGAAGUUCCUCCUGAAAGGCAGCCAGCUGCUAAAAGUGAAGUCAGGCUCUUGGAGAAAGGAGCGGUUUUAUAAGCUCCAGGAGGACUGCAAAACCAUAUGGCAGGAAUCGAAGAAGAUGCUGAGGUCUCCAGAGUCACAGAUCUUCUCCAUUGAAGAUAUUCGGGAUGUGAGGUCAGGCCAUAAAACGGAAGGUAUGGAAAAAUACGCCAAGGAUGUCCCAGAGUAUCGCUGCUUUUCCAUCAUUUUCAAAGACCAGCGGAAAAACCUGGACCUCAUUGCGAGUUCAGAGGACGAUGCCAACCACUGGAUCUCCGGCCUUGGGAAAAUCAUAGCCCACAGCAACUCCAUGAACCAGAAACAGAAACUCCAACACUGGAUUCAUACCUGCCUGCGGAAAGCUGAUAAAAACAAAGACAACAAGAUGAGCUUGAAAGAGCUCAAGAACUUCCUGAAAGAAGUGAACAUUGAAGUCGAUGACUAUCAUGCCAAGAAGAUUUUCCAGGUAAUGAGAGCAAGCAGAUAA